AGAAAAGCGAAGCAGAACGCAGACGCAGUUGACAGUUGAAGAAGUCGUUCUGAGUGUUGCUCUGUAACUUCGUCCGAGAAAGAAAAGAAAAAGAAUGGGAGAAUCUGAGAAACGAAGCGACAUGGAAGAGAAUUUGAAGCCCUUCUACCAAAGAGCUUCCGAAGCCGAGGAACGCUUAUCAAGACUUGAAGCUGUCCUUGAAAGUAAGAAGAAUGCCGGAAAUGAGGACCACUUGAGAUUGAUAAGCGAACUUCAGUCACAGCUAGAAGAGGCAAGUGCAGAGCUAGUUUCAGAACGAGAAAAGGCGCAAAAGCUUGCUGAGGAAAAUGCAAAACUCCAAUAUCGUAUAAUCCAUAUCGUCAGGGCAGCCAAGGAGGCUGAUCUCAAGUUGGAGAGCAAGUCGUGAUGGUGAAUUGGAUGGGGAGGCUUUGAACUGAGCUUAUGAGCUGAGACAAACAAUUUAUGGCAAUUUUACUAUUGGUUUGUGAGCUGAAACAAUAUUCAAUGAUGGUACUUUAUAAUUUAUAAUGUUACUGCUGAUGCC